AAGCCAGCUUUUUUUUUUUUUUUUUAAUUCAUUAAAAAAUUAAAAUUUCAACCUUACCCUCAAUAUUUCUGUAAAUUUAAAAUCAUCUUCCGUCAUUAAAUUCAAGAUUUCUAAUUUUGCUGCUUCUUUUUGCCGAAGUUGAACUGGUGUAAAUUCUAGGGUUUUUAAUAGUCUCACCCAUGGGUGAAUGCAAAAUGGAGAAUAUGCCGUUGCCAUCUCUCUUCGAACAAGCUCGUAAGAUCCAUCUGACGGCCACGGAGUUCGGUGCUGAUCGGGAUCUGGUGAAGAAAGGAUGCGAGGCGCUGGGGAAGUGCGAGGACGUGAUAAGCAAACUAGGGUUUUUCUCAUCCAAUGAGACCAAAGAUGACAUCAGCACCACCAAUCUCAAGUACCUUCUGGUGCCAUUUUAUCAUGCAGAGCUGGCAGAGCUGACCGAAAAACUUGCACAGGAUGACAGGAUACAUAUUCUCAAGACUUCGCAGGCAAAAUUGUAGGAAUUCAUUUCAUUUUGUGAGGCAAUGGAGCUUGUACCACAGGAAGAGUUGGAAGUUUCUGGUCAAGGAGCUUCAAAUGCUUUUGCGGAUCGACGAGCCUUGAAGAUUGCUAGGUUUAGACGCCAAAGAGCUGCAGAAGCUAAGCUGACAGAAAUAAAGGAGCAGAAGGAGCACUGUGGGCGUUCAACUAAAGCGUCUGCCUUAUCCACUCCUGUUGAGGUUGGAGAGGAGGAUGUGCUGGAUGACGACUGUGAGGAGGAGCGGGAGGCUUGGCUUACUACUAUCUCGUUGGCUAUUUGUAAGGCUUUUGAUCGGCUUGAAAUGCUAAAGAACGAAGAAGAAAUGCUUUCUGCUAUAAAGGACAAACAACUAAAGGAAGGGGAAAUGGAAUUUUCUCAGGCUAUCUUUGAUGAUGGCACCAAAAAGGCAGAGGCAUGGCAUCGUGAUGCUGCAGCUCAUGCACGAUGUACUAAACCUGCACUACCUAUCACAUGUGCUACAUUUGCUCAAGAUGUUAUAGAAGGAAGGGCAAAGAUUUCACAGGCACAUGACCACAAACACCAGCCAAUGAUAUUUGGACCACAAAGCCUUGUAGGUGGAAGCCUAACAAAUGAGAGGGAAAGGAUGGCAGCACAGGUUUUCCAACCAGGUUAUUGGAUGCCAACCAUGAGUAUUGAGGAAACUGGUCUGAGGGAGAUGGAAAUGAUGAACAAAUGGCAGGAGAGGAAUGCAAAAGUGUUUGAAGAAGCCGACUUGGCAUGGUAUAAGGACGGCCCAAAGUUGGGACCAAGUGAAGAUUAUGAAGACGAUGAUGCUGCCCAAGAGAAGGCAAGAGCAUGGGAUGACUGGAAAGAUGAUAAUCCUCGAGGUGCUGGCAAUAAAAAGCUUACCCCCUGUGGGUGAAAGCUAACUAGUAGUUCUCAUACUUCUGACCUAAUUAAUGGUGGUUUUAGAAACGUUUCUGAAUAUAUUAUUCUUCUUAUAGAUAAUGUUCUUACAAAAUUUUGUCAGUCUGCUUUGAGCAAUGUAUAAAAUUCAUGCAUCGAUUAGAACAAACUUGAUUCUGUGUAGGUGUUACCAACUUUUUGUCAACUGAGUGGAUUCUUUUAGGGUUUUAUUUAAGUUGAACCAAAUGUCCAGGUGCUGUGUAUUAUAGGAAUUGGAUGGAAGGCAAGGCAUCAAUUGCCAUGGGCUGUGCUGCUGAAAACAUGGACGGCGUUCGUACAUAAUGGCAAGUAAUGAUAAUGAAAUGAAAGCUGAAUUUGUUGCUUGUGUAGUUUGCCUUUACUCACCCUUUUUGCUUCGAAUUCUCAGAAGGAUUGACGGUAAUGCUCGACUAUUUACAAGAAUAAGCCUUCUCUUUCUAGUUAGUAGUUACUACUCAACGAGUUGGUUUUUAUGGGUACGUA